CCUAUGAAAACAGACAAUCAGCAGAAUCUCGAGUCUCUCUGAAAAUUUGCAUAAGGAGCGAAUAAAUACCUGUGUCGUACUUGCGUUGACAUUGAAUCGUCAGUUUACUGAUCGCGUCAUCAUGCCUGAACCAGCAAAGUCCGCUCCUAAGAAGGGAUCCAAGAAGGCCGUCACCAAGACCGCCAGUAAGGGAGGGAAGAAGCGCAGAAAGUCCAGGAAGGAGAGCUACGCCAUCUAUGUCUACAAAGUCCUGAAGCAGGUCCAUCCCGAUACCGGCAUCUCCUCCAAGGCGAUGGGCAUCAUGAACUCUUUCGUCAACGACAUCUUCGAGCGCAUCGCCGGUGAGUCAUCUCGCCUCGCGCACUACAACAAGCGCUCCACCAUCACUUCCAGAGAGAUCCAGACCGCCGUGCGUCUGCUGCUGCCCGGAGAGCUGGCCAAACACGCCGUGUCCGAGGGAACAAAGGCCGUCACCAAAUACACCAGCUCAAAGUAAAGCGGGAUAUGAGAUUUCAGCUACCACAAAGGCUCUUUUAAGAGCCACCCAUUUUCUCCGUUGAAAGAGCUCCUGUUUGUUUGCUGAUAAAAUGGUGAAAAUUGCGCAUUCUGAUAGAUUAUCUCUUUUCUCAGAUGCGUGAAUGAUUAGUUCUCAGCUGUUGAAACCAUAAAAACAAUAAAUGCAUAACUCUUCA